GGCUGCUCGGCGCGGGGCCCCUUUCCCCCGGAGUCGGGGCCGGGCUCGCGGGAACCGGUUACCGCACGGACCUGGACGACCUGUGCUUCGUCAUUUCCUGCCGGCCGGUCGGUUUCCGGAAGAGACGAGGAACCAGAGUCACUGGCUCUCAAUGACCACAUACGUCACCGACCCACAGCCGAGGAAUCAGAGGAGGAAGUGCCCUUGAAUGAAGCGUGGGCCGCAGCCCUGGCUAGCAGCCAGGGAGGACGCCGCAUGCCCUGCAGGCAUCUUACGUUGGAAAUAGCACAGUUCGGCUCCCAUGUUCUCUUUGAGUAUGAGAGAGAAUCCUAGUUUCAGCAUGUCCCCAAUAGAGACCAAAGAACCAGGAGGAGACAUCACAGCUUUCCCAGAUUGGGAGGAAAAAUAUGGAAUGUGUUUUACCGCUGACUGAACACAACCGAAUGAACUGUACUGACAGUAGUUUGAAAACCAGCAGUUAGCAGUUUGUUCAGGCUCUAACAUUGUCCAGCACUUUCCAGAGCAAACUCACUGUUUACAAGAACUCUCGGCCUUACGACGUUUAUAACCUCAAGCUUCGUUUAUUUAAAAUAUUUCUGCGAAAGAAAAGUACCCAGAGCCCACUUUCCAAAAUGGCCAUGGAUGAGUAUUUGUGGAUGGUCAUUUUAGGUUUUAUCAUAGCUUUUAUAUUGGCAUUUUCUGUUGGUGCAAAUGAUGUUGCCAAUUCAUUCGGUACUGCUGUGGGCUCUGGCGUAGUGACCUUGAAGCAGGCGUGCAUUUUGGCUUCAAUAUUUGAAACCACGGGCUCGGUGUUAUUGGGAGCCAAAGUAGGAGAGACCAUUCGAAAAGGUAUAAUUGAUGUGAACCUCUACAACGAGACAGUAGAAACACUAAUGGCUGGGGAAGUUAGUGCAAUGGUCGGUUCAGCUGUUUGGCAACUGAUCGCAUCCUUCCUGAGACUUCCCAUCUCAGGAACUCAUUGCAUUGUUGGUGCAACUAUAGGAUUCUCACUUGUUGCGAUUGGCACCAAAGGUGUACAGUGGAUGGAGCUGGUCAAGAUUGUGGCUUCUUGGUUUAUAUCUCCACUAUUGUCUGGCUUCAUGUCUGGCGUGCUGUUUGUACUGAUCAGAAUUUUCAUCUUAAAAAAGGAGGACCCUGUUCCCAAUGGCCUCCGGGCCCUGCCAGUGUUCUAUGCUGCUACGAUAGCAAUAAAUGUGUUUUCCAUCAUGUACACGGGAGCACCAGUGCUCGGCCUGGUCCUCCCCAUCUGGGCAAUAGCACUCAUCUCCUUUGGCGUAGCGCUGCUGUUCGCCAUUUUCGUGUGGCUCUUUGUGUGUCCGUGGAUGCGGAGGAAAAUAGCAGUCGCUGAAUUUUCUGGCCUAAGUUUUCCAGACAAUCGAUUGAACUCUCCAUUUUCUCUGUCUGGCUGUUACUUUUUUUUGUUUCAUUUCCAAACUAUGACUAUACUUUCUUUAGGCAAAUUACAAAAAGAAGGUGCUUUAUCGCGAGUCUCUGAUGAAAGCCUCAGUAAAAUCCCGGAAGCGGAGUCCCCCGUAUUUAAAGAGCUCCCCGGCGCCAAGGCCAGUGAUGACAGCACCGUCCCUCUCACGGGCUCGGCUGGGGAGACGUCUGUGGCCCCAGAAGGCACAUCCGCCAUCAACCACCCCCGGGUGGCUUAUGGCAGGGCGCUCUCCAUGACGCACGGCUCCACCAAGUCACCCAUCUCCAACGGCACCUUCGGCUUCGAUGGCCACACGAGGAGCGACGGCCACGUGUACCACACAGUCCACAAGGACUCGGGGCUCUACAAAGACCUGCUGCACAGGAUCCACACGGACAGGGGCUCCGAGGAGAAGCCCGCCCCCGAGAACAACUACCGCUUCCUGCGGCGGAACAACAGCUACACGUGCUACACGGCGGCCAUCUGCGGGAUGCCGGUCCACUCGACCUUCAAAGCUAUCGACCCUUCGCCCGCCCCCGAGGACAGCGAGAAGCUGGUGGGCGACACCGUGUCCUAUUCUAAAAAGAGACUUCGCUACGACAGCUACUCCAGCUACUGCAACGCGGUAGCCGAGGCGGAGAUCGAGGCCGAGGAGGGAGGUGUGGAAAUGAAGCUGGCGUCGGAGCUGGCAGAUCCUGCGCGGCCACGGGAGGACCCUGUGGAAGAAGAGAAAGAUGAGAAAGACACGUCCGAGGUCCACCUCCUGUUCCACUUUCUGCAGGUCCUCACUGCCUGCUUUGGAUCCUUUGCACAUGGUGGCAAUGAUGUGAGCAAUGCCAUUGGUCCUCUGGUGGCUUUGUGGCUGAUUUAUGAUCAAGGUGGAGUCCUACAGGAAGCACCUACUCCCAUCUGGCUGCUGUUUUAUGGAGGCGUUGGGAUUUGUACGGGGCUCUGGGUUUGGGGAAGAAGAGUGAUCCAGACCAUGGGCAAAGACCUCACUCCCAUCACGCCAUCCAGCGGCUUCACCAUUGAACUGGCCUCCGCGUUCACGGUGGUGAUCGCCUCCAACGUGGGGCUUCCUGUCAGCACCACUCACUGCAAGGUGGGCUCCGUGGUGGCUGUGGGCUGGAUCCGCUCCCGGAAGGCCGUGGACUGGCACCUCUUCCGGAACAUCUUUGUGGCCUGGUUUGUGACUGUGCCCGUGGCCGGGCUGUUCAGUGCUGCUGUCAUGGCUCUCCUUGUGUACGGGAUCCUUCCAUAUGUGUGAUUUGUCUUCUUCCAGCCAGCCAACGAGGAGAGUCUGGCGUGGGAACGUGUGGGAAGCGUGUGCCCACAUUUCUCACACACACACACGUCCUGCCCGCGCACGGGCUGUCUCCCAGCCAGCUUCUCCACGCCCUGCAGGUGGUUCCUUCCGACCACAGUUCACCUAGGUGGUAGUCAUCCUCCAGAGCUAACUUAACUACUGUACAUAAUCAUGUGCAUUAAACUGGUAUUGUGGUGACAUAACAUGGUGCGGUUACUUAUAUAUUAAAUAUAUAUUGUAUACAUAGAAUAGGUAGCAUUAUUGCAAAUAUAUCCAAAAUGGGAGUGAAUUGCCUAGAAUUCAGUAUUCAACCAAUUUUUGUACAUAGUGAUUUCAGUGGCAAAUUAUGAGAACCUUUUAAAAGGAAAGUGUAGAUUGGAAAAUGCCUUUGUUCCCAUUUAACAUACUGUAAGAUAACAGAUACAGGAUGUAUGAUACAGAUUUGGGAGGUGUGUGUAUGUUGAAGUGAUAUUGAAUAAUACUGGAACAGGAGUUCCCAAGUGCUUUCACUGAAGUUUGUUCAUAUACUGUGUAUUGAUUAUGUAAUAUAUCAUAAUUGCUUCUGUAAAUACUGAAAACUGUAAUUUUUUAAUGAUGUGCGCUUCCUAGCUUUUUUGAUCAGAGAAUUUUUGGAGAGUACCAAAGAAGCAGGGGAAUAGUUUGCCAGUAUUAUAUUUUCAUACUGUUUGUCUCCCCUCCUCGUGAAUCGUACCGUUAACUUGGGAUGUAGCAAUACCGCCAGGCUCUGGCCUGCCCCCGAGCAGUGUGUGGGCUGAGGCACCAUCCCCCACCGUGUGCACGUCCCACUUCCGGUUCCCUUCCCACCCUCCCCCUCCCCUGCUGCCACAUGCAGGCAUUGGUCAGCCCUGCCAUGGCCGCUCAUUGUCAGUGGAGAGAAUGUACAGAGGACAUGCGCUCAAGCACUACAUAUCAAGUCGUUUUAUGUUCACUCCUUUCUCCCCUGCAGCCGCAAGGCAUUCUUGCCUCAAACAUUGAGGAGACAUCCUAGAAAUUUGGGAAAGGGGCGGUUGAGAUAUCAGAUAAUACACUGGAUCUGAGGAUUUCCUUGAGGCCUUCACUAAGCUGAACAUCUUGAUGCUGAUGUAUCCCAUUGGAUUAUUUUUUGAUAGCGGGAGGAAGUAUGACUAAUGUUAGAGCCUGAAACUGAAAAUGCUGCUAAAAUUUUUAUAUUGACAGACAUUUUCUCGGUACUUCAUUGUGAUUUUUCAUUAAUCAACCAUAUUAAAUUUAUAAUAAAAAAAUGCCCCUCAA